GGGGGUGGUGCAGAGGUGGGAUUGAGGCAAUCGGCAGGUGAAGAGGCGGGCGGCAUGGAGAGCAAGCUGGCGCCCAACGGGGACAUUUACAGCACCGUCAACGGUUUCAUGGAGAAAGCACACUCGGAGGGCAAGGUGACGUCUAGGAAGAACGGCUUCGUGAAGCCGGCGUACGUCCAGAACGGGAAGGUUCAUCACAUUGCCCAGAAUGGCGGACUAUACAAAAAGCCAUUUAAUCAAUCCUUUGAGGAAACUCCUAUGCUCGUUGCUGUGUUGACCUAUAUGGGUUAUGGAAUUCUUACACUGUUUGGCUACCUCAGGGAUUUUCUACGGGAAUGGAAGAUUGAAAAGUGUCAUCAUGCUACUGAGCGUGAAGAGCAAAAGGAUUUUGUGCCAUUGUACCAAGACUUUGAAAAUUUCUAUACCAGGAACCUGUACAUGAGAAUUCGAGACAGCUGGAACCGGCCAAUCUGCAGUGUGCCCGGGGCAAAGUUUGAUGUAAUGGAAAGGGUCUCCCAUGACUACAACUGGACAUUCAAGUUUACCGGCACAAUUAUCAAAGAUGUCCUCAACAUGGGUUCAUACAACUACCUGGGCUUUGCUGAACACCAAGGCUUCUGUGCUGAUGCAGCCACCAGAGCAACUAUCCAGUAUGGAGCUGGGGUUUGUAGCACACGGCAAGAAAUUGGUAACUUAGACAAACAUGAAGAGCUGGAAAAGUUAGUGGCUCGGUUCUUGGGAGUUGAAGCAGCCAUGGCGUUUGGAAUGGGAUUUGCAACAAACUCUAUGAACAUUCCGUCUCUUGUUGGCAAGGGCUGUCUGAUCUUGAGUGAUGAGUUGAAUCAUGCCUCGUUGGUGCUGGGAGCCAGACUUUCAGGUGCAACCAUCAGAGUUUUCAAGCACAACAAUAUGCAGAGCUUGGAUAAAUUGUUGAAAGACGCUAUUGUGCACGGGCAGCCUCGGACUCGCAGACCAUGGAAAAAGAUUCUCAUUGUGGUAGAGGGCAUUUACAGUAUGGAGGGCUCCAUCGUCCGUUUGCCUGAGAUAGUGGCUUUAAAGAAAAAGUACAAGGCUUACCUGUACUUGGAUGAGGCUCACAGUAUCGGGGCUCUGGGACCUACAGGCCGAGGUGUGGUGGAAUAUUUUGACCUCAAUCCCAAGGACGUGGAUGUUAUGAUGGGAACCUUCACGAAGAGCUUUGGAGCAGCUGGUGGAUACAUAGGUGGCAAAAAGGAGCUUGUAGACUACCUUCGCUCACAUUCUCACAGCACAGUCUAUGCUACCUCAAUGUCUGCACCUGUUGCAGAACAAGUCAUUGCAUCCAUGAAGUGCAUCAUGGGAGAAGAUGGCACAACCCUUGGUCAAACCCGGGUUCAACAGCUGGCGGAGAACACUCGGUACUUCAGAAGAAGACUGAAGGAAAUGGGAUUCAUUAUCUAUGGAAAUGAUGAUUCACCAGUCGUGCCUUUGAUGCUGUACAUGCCAGCCAAAAUUGGUGCUUUUGGGCGAGAAAUGUUAAAAAGAAACGUUGGUGUUGUGGUGGUUGGAUUUCCCGCUACUCCCAUCAUUGAAUCCCGAGCCAGGUUUUGUGUAUCUGCCGCUCAUACCAGAGAGAUGUUGGAUACGGCCUUAAAAGUAAUAGGAGAAGUUGGUGACCUCCUGCAGUUGAAAUACUCACGACACAAGUUGGACCCUUUAAUUGAUCAUCCAUUUGAUGAAACCACCUGUGAAGAAAAUGAAGACUGAGCUCUUUCUCGGACAAACACUUGCAAGUCGAAGUCUCUCCUUUCAGUUCAAUACCACUCUGCUUCUUUUGUGCUUCAACUCUUCUGACCUGUUAUUUAUUUUUUUAAAACCCAAAUUGAACUUUAAGGUGUUGAAUAAGUGCUCCUUCACUAAAGCCAUUUGUUUCAUUAACUGGAGCUAUGUACGCAGGUUUUCAGCAUCGCCCUUAUUUGUUUUGAUUUCUCAGUUAUGUAGAUUUGCAGCAUUUGAUCCAAGUUUUUCCUCUUAAACCCUGUCCAUUAUAAGCUACAGCAUAAAUCAAAUCAGUAUAUUGGCAAGAUGGGACCUCUGCCCACAACCAUGAAAUCUCUGCUGCUGAAUCUUUUUGCGUGGUUUGAAUAAUUUUCUACUUCCACACACCCCCAUUCCUCUUUCUUCCCUCCACACACAAGACUUCAAUGCGUUUGCUUUAAAUGCACUUGUUAACUACUCUGGUCUUAAUGAUCUUUAAUGUGGCCCUAUACUUGACCCAAUCAAAAUCUUCAGAAAGGUGGGGUGGGAGUGUGGCAUUGAGUAACCUGCAAUGGUCUAAUUCAUUUUUAAGUGCUGUGUGCAAUUGAAAAGACAAAUUAAGAGCUCCUGAGGCUAAAACAGGUGUUGGCUAGCCUUGAAUUACCAAUUAAUUCACUUCCCUGAAAAUAAUACUGAUUAUAUGAGUAAGGCUAUCUUGAUUUAGGUGGCUUUUGCCUAAUUUCAAUGACUCCUCUCUCCUCCGCUUCACAAAAGCUACAUUUUUAAAAAUUACAUCAACUUUUAUAAUAUGCAAUUUCACUUACAAAGAAAGCGAAGCUGGGUAAAACUGUCAAAUAUGAAGGUAAUACUGUAUAAGCUUCUGUAAACUUUGAAUUGAAAUAUUCCAGAAAAAUAGUAUAUGGAGUUUGUUAGAAGCCAGAACUUUACAUUUCAAGCAAUGGGAAUCUUUGGAUUUUUUAAAUUAAGUAGGCAAGAAGGGUUUUGUCUGUAUCUGUUUUAGAAAUUUUGUUUUGGAGAUGGUGAUAAUUUAAUUACCUGUACUCUGAAAAUCUCAAGUCACACCCAAACUGAAAUCAUCUAGUUACCACCAUCUCCUGAACUCUGUAACCUGUGAGACUCCAAAUAAUAUAACAAAAGUAUUUCCUCACCUUCCUUCCUCUUUUCUACUCACAGUGACACUGAGAUGCUAGAACACCCUUGCCUGAAACAGAAAUGGUUUUGCUGGUGUGUGUGUGUGUAAAAUGAAUGUUUUGCUAACACUUUCUUCAGUAAUGGGUGCACAUACAAAAAUUAUGCAGUUGAAUUUCAUUUAUUGUUGAGUUCCCUGACAGCAUAUUUGCUCUUCUGUCACAAUUAACAGUUUGAAUAUUUGUAUUUUUGUGUCAUUUUGUUUUAAUUUGGAGGGAGGGGAAGGAGCAUAGUUAGAAUUUCAACUACUUUUUUUUUCCUUGUACAAGAUGAGGUAAGAGGGCAGCCCUCCAUGUUGCAGGUUUUGUGUGUUUGUUGUAGGUUGAUCAUUGCCCAGGGCUAGAACUGAAAAUUUAGACCAUGUAUGUUGUUAGAGGUGGCAUUGUAAUAUUGGAAAGUGUUUCUUGCGCACACAGUUUAAGAUAGUAAUAAAACUUCCAGAUUUGUGUUGAUUGGCAACCGAGGUGCACGAUUUCUGCACAAUUAAUAUAGAUAUCAGUAGAACUGUCUGAGUGGAAGACAUGGGUUAACUUCCACAAUUAGGUUUCAAAUUGAGGGUGAUGGGCUUACUGAAGUGAUACAAUGGCAUAUGUCUAAGUAUGCUGGCCAUUGGUUUUAGCCUUUAAGGGACUGUGGUGAAAGUGAGACAAUAUCGAGAAAUGCUGGAUUACAGGGCUGAGAUGCCCUCCCACACUGCUUGCAUCCAGACCAGUACUUCUCAUCACGCUGUGUAUGUUGUGUAUUUUUUCCCAGAUGCCUCUGAAGUAGUAGUCUUUAUGAUUCUAUUCAUUAAUUUGUAACAGGAGGGUUCCCAGUAACAAUAGUUAAAUGUACUGUGUGGUCAGUGUGGCACUGAUAUUGUAUUGCUGUCCAGUGACCCCUCCUGGAACAUGUGGAUUUUGGGUGAGGACAGGAUCAGGAUCAUGCAUAUCUGCUUGCCUUAACACUCACUACUGAGGCACACACUUGAGGGUUGGUGUCUUGGUAGAGGUACCAGAGGGCAACUGUUGCCUGUGAAGCUAAACCCCAACACAAUCAGUCUGUGCCUCCAAAAUAGAAGAGGAAACUAGAGGGCAGAAGAGAGGAAAAUUGAAUUCAAAGGAUAGUCAGAUCAUUGGCUGGACCAGGGGCGGAGAAUAGAAAUUUUAAUUUUGUACCCUCUUUUCCCCAAAUGUAAGACUGAAUGAAUGAUAUUACUUGUCAUGAAGAGGAACAAGGCUUGUGAAUCUGAGAACCAGAUCCAUUGCCAUCAUGUUCUUUAUUUUUGUUUCAGAGCAGCAAUUUGAAAUCAUUCUGCAUUCAUUCUGCUUUGUUUUUGUUUUCCUAACUCCAGACCAGUUUGAACAUAUUACAAAUCUUGCCUACUCAAAUUUAAGGGAUGAACUUCUCUUAACUUCUCUAUAGACUGCUAGUAACUUUUUGUACUAAAUUACAUAAUCAAGAAUUGAUUUUUUUGUUGUUUACUGUGUUCAUUUUCUGCUUAAAUUGAUUUAAGCACCAGAUCAUUGUAAGCAAAUGCAACUUUAGUUUCUCUGGGGCAAUGUUUACUACUUUUAAGAAAAAAAUCUGAGUAUCAUAUUGUUCUAUUGAAAUGCUUGAAUUCUAUUCCUGUUUCGAGCUGUGUUUGUAGGCUGUCACUGAGGCAAUUUGUGUAAUAUAUUCAAAAUGGUGCUUUUUAUUUUUAAGUAACUCUAAUCAGCCUGUUUACAGUUAAAUUAAUUGUGUUCUCAAACUGUCAUUCCAGGUUCGUGUUCUGCCUCUUUCUCCAUUCUCCCUUUUUGCUAAGAGGACGUGCAGUUGUAGUUAUUGGACUUGCCUUCUAUCUUGUGUUUUUGCUCAGUUAAAGACCAGACUCUUGCCCUUCGGCAAACUAUUAUUAUACUAAAUCACUGUCCAGACUUAUUCUAUUCUACAGCUACCUUAUUCUGCAAGCAAGUCCUACAAGUUCUUUCCUUUCCUCCUCCCCAUGUCAUCCAAACUUCUGAUGCACUUUCUCUUUCAGCCUUGCCUCUAGUUUUCUCCAUUGCCUCUUGUUUUUGGCCUUUUGAUUAGCUUCUGUAACAUGGUGCUAGUUUCUCUUCUCCCCUUCCGUUUGGGGAUGUGAAAAGGACACUGCUUUUCAGUGAAGUUUGCAGUCGAGCAUAAACUUUCCCAUCGAUUUGAAAUGUAACCUCCAGUUGAUGUUCAAAAAGGAGAAAUCUGCUCAUAAUUGCUCAUCUGCACUGAAGCUUUCUGACUUUUUGUAAGUUCCGUGCAAUGUAGAAGAUGCAAUUGAUGCUUAUUGACCCAUCUCCUUUUAAGAUUAAACUGUAUAGAUGUCCUUUCUGCUUAAGCACAUCACAGUUGAGCAUUACGAUGAAAGUCAGCUCUCUCACCUAAGGUGUAAAGAGUGCAGGCUUGCCAAGGUUUCCUGCAUAAAGCAUGUUUUUUAAAAUAAAUAGCAAUGAUUCAACAAACAACCAAAUACUAGAAGAGCAUUUAUUUUCCACCUUUAACUUCUCUGAUAGUAUAUUUCUAGUUAAAGGCCCAUUUAACUGUACUUACACAUUUCUAGCUGUAAAAAAAAUAUAAAUUCAGUAUUGGAAAGGCUGUCUUGGCAUACAUCUCAGCUUCAGCUUCAAAUCUACUUUGCCCAUACCUUUUGGAAAGUAAUAUCUAAGGUUAAGGCGGGAGAAGAAAGCAACUUCUAGGUAGUUAGAAUAGCAAGUUCAAGAAAAUGACACCUAGCUGGGAGCUUUAAGAGUGUAAUUCAGUUGCUAGUAUCCAGGUGAUUCCAUAAACACUAUGAACAAAUGCAAGCAGCAGAAAUAAAUGUCUUCUGCCACAGCUUAUUGCUUUAAAUACAGGAGUAGAAUGUUUUUGUUGUUCUGUUUGACAACACAUGCUAAUCCUGGGUAACAGAAGCUCACUAACUUGAUGGAUAGACUGGUGGUAAUAGUGUUUUGGAGACUGGGGAGGGGUGUUGCAGCAUUCUCCCUGUAUUGUAUGUGCCCAUAUAAGCUUUCAUUUUAUCAUAAAUCUUUAAUCCUUUUGAUAUAUUGAUAUAUUUGUGAAUUAUGCUUUGCAACUUCGUGAAAUCACAUUUGAAUGUGUCGUAAACAAUCUUUUCGCUAUGAUGUUUUUUAUAUUUGUACAUCCAAAAUCCAUCAUAGGUCAUCAAUGUAGCUUUGACUUUAAGACGACUAAUUUUUUUUCUUCUUUUAAGCUCACAAGUGCAGUUAUUUUUAGCUGUGUGAUCAGGAUGCUGCCAAUUCUAGACAAGUCAGUAGCUGUGCUUAUCCAACUGACGGUCAAGGCAGUUAUGAAAGACCAUACAGAGACCCUUACAGAAGCCUACGGCGUGUUAAAGCUAUGCAGAAUGUCUUUUCUUUUGUAUAAAGAAUAAAACUUGUCAUAAUGACUUUUUUUUAAAGUUAUUUUCCUUGAUGGAAGAUGUCAUUUCUUGAAAAGGAUUUAGAUAAAUCGCUGGAAGCCAAUUAAUGUAUGAUGUCGCAUGAGUCUGCCACACCUUCUGUUAAGCGCAUUUGCUCUUUUCAGCAAAAGAGCACCUUUUGUUUAUUUCCUGACGAUGACGCGGUGCGUUUGUUCAGCACCAUAGGGAGUGCGCUCCUAAACUCGGCCAUGCCGUCAUGAAAAGGGAGGAGAAAAAUGAUGUGUGCUCACCUCGCGCUGGCCAGUUAACGCAGUGGUGAGGCCACAUCCACUUUCUCUGCCAACGAAUGGUAAUGGUCUGAGGUAAUCAGAGAUGGGAAGGAAAUGAUCAGGAAAUUUUUAAAGUUUUCAAAAUUUUGAUACACUGGGUUUAUCGUUGUGACUAGAGCUUCGAAAGGAACUUCUUGUUGAUGCAUUUAAACCUGGGUUCAAAACAUUGCGUUUUGGCAACAUUAGGGUCUGUUGUACCCCCUACUACAGGGAAAUCCCAAGAAGUCAGUCACCUUUUUAUUUUUCCGGGAGUUUUUCACUCAUUGCAUUUUAUAAAUUGCUGUUCAAUUUUGAAAACUGGUUGAAUCUUUUCUAAUUUUUCACAUUGGCGGUCAAUGUAGUCUUCACUUCAACUAUAAAAAGGAAAAGAGUGAUUAUUUUGAAUUAAAGUCUGAAUGCUGGAAAAUAAGGACUGUACAGGUUUGCACGCUUCAGGUAUUAAAAUACUUCUGAACCCUUCUUUAAAAAGAAAAGGAGGUGCUUUUUGCAGGGAGGACCAGGGAAGACACCUCAGGGUGAUGUGCAGUCAAGAAGGACUGUGGGGGGACUGUGCUGGUUAUAUUGUGGAAAACUAAUAAGUGUGAACUACAGCGCCGCCUUGUUAUGUGGCAUAUUAAGUUUUACUUAGAAUGGGAAAUGGGAAGAGAAAGAAAAGAACUUGAAUGCAAGUCUGUUUUGUUGUACUUUACAAUGUUAGUUAUCAAAAACUAUUCCAUGGAUGUAUACACCCAACACACUGAUUCAGUUUAUUGUUGGCUUUAAAAGGUUGAUGCUAACUUGUAGCAUCUUGUGUUGAUGUUUGAGAAGUGUUGACCGUAGUUAUGCAAACCAAGCCAAGUAGCGUUGCAGGAAUGUCUGGGUAAGUAACCUGAUGCUGCUUUCAGGUGUUGCUGAAGUAAGGCAGAUGAAGUAUUUCUAAUGGGACCAGAAAAAAAAGCAGAUGUUGACUUUGCUGCUAGCAAAGUAGGAUUAUUAUAACCCACACCCAGUAUGUGCUGCUGUUGAAAAACAGGAUGGCCUUUGCCCACAUGUCAUUAAAAACAAAAGCCUGUGUAGCAUUUGAAUCCUAAUUUUUGUCAGACUUGAUUUCCACUAUCCUCCCUUGACCCCAGACUAGCAUCUGGGUUUGUAAUUGUGUUUCCUUUUUACAAUGUGGUAUUGUGUUGAUCUAUGGAUGCAGUUCCACAUCGUUUAAGCAAUCUUUGAACUUGGGAGAAACCGAAACCGCCACCCGAUAAAGUAGCUUUAUUUUCUAUGAACAUAUUUUAAAAUCAAAAGCAGAGCUACCUUUAUUCACACAGGUUAAUGCUACACUUUUUGUAUUUGGCUGAUAUCUUUGGCUUCAGAUUAAAAAAUCCAUUUUAUGUUACGGUUGUCAAUCCAGGAAAGACUAAGGAAAGUGUUGUGUGAUUUAUAAUUUUCAGACCACACCAUGUGAACAGUCUCUGAGCUGUGUGCAGACACCCAAGUGCAACCAUGUUCACGACACUUAAUUUAAGGAUAAAAUUGUGGCAGUUACUUUCUACGUUUUGAGAAAUGUGUACAAAAUUGUGCGAUUUUUUUUUUUUCCUUUUUUUUGGUUGCCUUGUAUCUGCAUUUUUCUCAAAGAUUUGGUUAACGACUGCUUAUUGUUUUUAUACUUGUAUGAAUUUUAACCCAGAAUGACCGCAUGUUACAUUGAUGUUUGUAAUGGAAGUCUCUAAAUUAUGCCUUGAGUACAAGAAAAUCCAAUUUUGUAGAGAUUUCUGAAAUCCUAGCGAGUGACUUCACCCAUCAUGUGUUGGAGAGGUAGAGGCAGCAGUGGGUAGAAAUAAAGUUUCCUUUUGCCCUUUAAAAAUACUGCCUGUCUUUGCACAUUUCAGCAAUCAAAUUUUUGUUUAGUUUGCGUUAUCAAAUCUGAUAAGCUGCAAUAGUGGAAUACCAAUUGCAGUGUAUUAUCAAUGCAAUUAAUAUCACUUACUGUUGCUGUUUCUGUACAUAUCCUGGUCUUUUGUACAUGAGAUAUUAUAAAUGUACUUUUUUGAUGGGACUCCCUAAGUGCAGGAAUGUUUUAUAUUGAAACCUUACUGGCCUUUUACCUUAAACGUGGUUUUACGUGCAUCAUUGGUUUAUGAAAGUGUAAUUUAUUCAUGCAUUAUGUUAGAAAUACAAUGCAUGUUGAAAACACUGGAGAAUCAAUAACUGCUUGGAAAAAUGUCAACUGAAAUGUAUAAUGUUCUAAAUAAAGACUUUCAAUACA